CGGGACCUUACUUUAGUAAAGCAUCAUUAUGUAUUACGACUACUCAAAAAACAAAGAAGAAAAUCCAGAUCCGACGAAGGCGGAUCUCAAAGGUAACAUCCCCAACUGGCUACAAGGAACGCUACUGCGCAAUGGACCAGGGAUGUUUUCGCUUGGAGAAACCUCUUAUAACCACUGGUUUGACGGGAUGGCCCUGAUGCACAGCUUCACCUUCAAAGAUGGAGAAAUGAUUUACCAAAGCAAAUAUUUACGAGGGGACACAUACAAGGACAACAUUGCAGCCAAAAGAAUAGUUGUCUCUGAAAUGGGAACUAUGGCCUAUCCAGAUCCAAGCAAAAACUUUAUUUCAAGAGCUAUCACUUUUCUCAAUCACACUGUCCCGGAUUUCACUGACAACUGUGGAAACAAUUUUCUAAGAUAUGGGAAGGAUUAUUAUGCUACUUCUGAAACAAACUACAUCCGCAAGAUCGACCCUGUGACAUUAGAGACUCAAGACAAGGUGGAUUACUUGAAGUUCCUAGCUGUGAAUCUGGUGACAUCUCACCCACAUUAUGAUAAAGAGGGAAACACCUACAACAUGGGGACAACUAUAGCUGACAAGGGCAAAACAAGAUACACAAUAUUCAAGGUUCCAGCCAGCUGUGAGAAAGAUGCCGCCAAGGAAACACCUGCUCUGAAGAACGUGGAGGUGCUGAGCACCAUUCCUUGCCGUUCUCUCCUCAGCCCAAGCUACUACCACAGCUUCGGCAUGACCGACAAUUACUUCAUCUUUAUUGAACAGCCAUUGAAACUGGAUAUACUCAAGAUGGCCACUGCAUACAUGAGAGGGAUCAACUGGGCCAGCUGCCUGAAAUACUCUCCAGAUGAAAAUACUCUGAUUCACCUGAUAGACAGGAAAACCGGCAAAGAGGUUGGGACAAAGUACUACACAGGUGCCAUGGUGGUCUACCACCACGUGAAUGCCUUUGAAGAGGAUGGUCACGUUGUCUGUGACGUCAUUGCUUAUGAAGAUAACAGUUUAUACGAUAUGUUCUAUUUAAGCAAAAUUAAAGAGGAAUCUGGGUCUGGGUCCUUAAAGAAGCUGCCAUCCUACAGUAGAUUUGCUCUUCCAGUACAGUCUGACAAGGGUGCUGAGGUUGGUGAAGAUUUAGUGACACUCAAGUAUACGACAGCCAGCGCUGUAAAACAGAAAGAAGGCAAGCUUCUCUGCCAACCAGAAGUGGUCUGUCAAGGCGUGGAAGUUCCCAGAUUGAACUAUGACUUCAACGGGAAGAAGCACAGGUUUGCUUACAUGACUUGUGUGGAGACGACUGGAACGGCAACAAAGAUCACGAAGUUUGACGUUGAGACGAAGAACAUGAUAGAGUGGCAUGAGGACAAGUGUUGGCCUUCAGAACCUGUGUUCAUUCCCAGGCCCAAUGGAGAGGCAGAAGAUGACGGUGUUGUCCUAAUAUCAGUCAUCAACUCCAACCCAGGACAGUCUGACUUUCUCCUGGUGCUUGAUGCUAAAUCAUUCAAGGAGAUUGCUCGAGCAUAUGUGAAUGUAGAGCUCCACAUGGAUAUGCACGGAUUUUUCAUCCCCCAAGGAAACUAGUCUUGCUUUUUCAACUCUGUCCGGUUUUCCGCUGGAGAUACUUGAUACAGUAAAUGACUAAGAGAUCAAUAAUUGAAAUUGCACCUUGAACUAGUCUAAACAGUCACUAUAUUUGAGAUAAACAUUAUGGAAGUCUUGACCAGACAUCAACUUUACUUCAAAGCCCCUCUGAUAUGUUUUUCAUAAAAUCUUGUACACAAUACCUUGAUAUUAAAAUAAUCACGUCUAGGCAUAUGGGAUUAAUUUGAUUGUUGAGACCAUAACGAAUGAUCAAUGCAAUUAAAAGAUUGUAAUAC